CGCAUAAAAGCAAAAACGGCUCCUACGGGCGCGAAGAAGCGAGCAGACCGCACGCUCUGAAAGACAGACACACACACGUCGCAUUAUUUUAUUGUUUGUUUUGUUCUCAGAAGAAAAGGAUUGCGUUUCACUGCUCAUCCACCUGAUAUGCUUUCGCAGGUAUGGCCUUCAUCAGAUUGGCCGUGUUUUUGAGCGUGCUGGCGGCAGCUUCCCCGCUCCGCUUUAACUAUGGUCAGGGUGCGUCGGGGUGCACCGCCCUUUCAGUGUGCGUGCCCAUCACCGAGUGUCCGAGUGGGCUGAAGGCCCUGAGAAACAGGCAGCCGCUGCCCUCUCGCUGCGGAUUUAAGGGCAACGUGGAAAUGGUUUGCUGCCCUGACCUUCGCGCGACCUCGGCCAAACCUGUUCCGGUAGGGCACGGGACCAGCACCACAGAGAACAAUUCUGUCAGGAGGCGCUCGCCGCCAAAGGUUGGCGCCAGGUCGGCUGAGGCCUGUCGAAAAUACUCGAAAAGUGCCUUUCCCAGGAUUGGCCUCUAUGUCAAGAAUGGAAUCGAGGCUGGUCCUGGCGAGUUUCCGCACAUGGCGCUGCUCGGCUUUAAGUACGACAAGGACCUGCAAAACUCAGGUCGCACCCUGACCAAGGGAGUAAAUGCGUCGUGGUCGUGCUGCGGCACCCUGAUCCACGAGCGGUUCGUGCUGACGGCGGCGCACUGCGUCGAGAGGGAAACUCCGAUCGUGGUGCGCCUCGGAGAAGUGGAUUGGAACUCUGACGAUGACAGCGCCCAGCCCAAGGAAUUUGCGGUUCUCGGAAGCGAGUUGCACCCUGAAUUUAACCGGAUCAGCCUGGCGAAUGACAUCGCACUAAUAGAGCUCAGGACACAGGUUCCAUUCAACUGGGUCAUGCAGCCCGCGUGCCUGCCAGCGCCGAAGGAGAACCAGGACGCGUUGGGGCAGGACCUGCUUGUGACCGGCUGGGGCGACACCGAGUUCGCCCCGCUGUCGGCCACGUCGUUGCUGAUGAAGGCCAGCCUGCGCGCCGUGGACUUCAGGGUGUGCAACGCUACCUACGCCGGCACCCAGGCGGGUGGCUUGCGCCAGGACAAGCAGAUGUGCGCCGCCGACCCCAAGGGGCUGGCCGACGCGUGCCGGGGCGACUCGGGCGGGCCCCUGCAGCUCAAGGUCAAGGACUCGCAGCUGAUGAAGGUUGUUGGCGUCACCAGCGCCGGACAAGGUUGCGGAAGCAGUCCAGGACUCUACACCAGGGUUUCUGGAUAUGUUGAUUGGAUCGAGGACAUUGUCUGGCCCAGCAAGUGAAAAACAUUUGAAUUUAAAAGUGCGUUUCAUAGAUUUUUUUUUAAAGAGAUUUGAAGAUGGUCUUUUUUGCGGAUGUUAUUUUGUGUAUUGACAAUUUAUUUAAUUGAAUACCAAUGAGCUAAAAUCUAAAACUAUGAUAUUAUAUAUUUUUGUCAUUUUCAUUUCAAACAGAAAAUUUGCAAAUCUGUGAUUCACUUCAUUGGUGCUGAUAAUUUUCAUCUCUAAAUAUCUAUCAAAAAUUAAUGUAUUAUUUUUAUAUAAAAAUUUUCUGGUUUGAACUUGGCGACUAUUUUUCUACUUAAAUUACAAAGGAAUAUUGACUUUAUGGAAUUUAAUACUCUCAAUGAGCUAACAAUAAGAGGGAAAAGGCUUUUUAAUAUUGAACUUAAUUAAAAUCCCUAACAAGAGCAAAUCUGGACUUAUUUUCAUCUUAUUGGUGUCUUUCGCGCCACUUUUCAAGCUCCAGGCUGUUUCUGAAAUAAGUUUUUGUUGAAAUGUGCUAAGAUAUUCCUGAACUGUUCCUUCCAAAUCCUGCAGGAUCACACAGUAGUCUUUAUAAAGCCUUAUUUUUACCAUGGAAAUUAAUAGUAAAUAAAUAUUUUAAUUUCCACCAUAUUUCUAAAAAAAUUAGACAUAACAAGUUAGGUCAAAAUUGAUCACUACAAAAAUAUUUCAGCUGGUCCAACCCCAAGAAAUAAAGUUGUAUUUUUUCUUGAUUCUGUUUGCUCUCGAAAUAAACGUGUGCUAAUGAAUGGUGUAAAUUACUUUUAAGGACAAUAAAUUAUACACAAAGGUUUUGUUUUUUAGA